ACUCACUCAUCGACUUACUUUAAAAUAAAUGUGAAAUUAAAGAUUCUCGCCUUGAAAAUUAUAAGAGAAACAAGCGCCAAGAAAAAAUAUACUCUGAAUUUUAUUAAAUUAAAGUUUCUGUUUAUAGUGUAGGGAUAUAAUCGUAUAAUUUUAUUGAGUAGUUUAUAUUUUGAGUAUAUCAUCAUAAGUAUAUAUAUUGACAAUUCAGAGGCUUCUUGUAGUAUAAUUUGAAGAAUGUGAUAUUAGUGAAAAGAACAAACAAAAUGACAGAAGAAUCUGAAGCUUUACCUGAUUUGAUCUCAUCAGAAUCUCCACCUGAUUCUCCCAAAAAACAAGUCAAAUCAACAGCUGUUGUUAAGUAUUCUGCUGUUUCAGCACCAGCUACUUUUGCUCAGUUACAAUGCAAUACAGAUUUGAAUCUACCUCCAAGCAAUUGGUUAAGCACUUCAGCAGAAAGCUAUGGGCUACAAAAUGUUUGGUCUAGAGGAGGCUCGGGUUUUUCCAGUUUUCGAAUGGCUCACAUGUUUCCUGACUGUGUUGGUGAAGUAGAUGUGGUGUCUGAUGCAGAAAACAUAAAAAAAUUAUUAAAAUUGCCCUAUAGUCAUGGCAUGGUAUCAAUGAUGGUACAUAGAGUAGAGAAUACAUUGCUACUUGAUGAUUUUGACAUACAUAAGUAUCUUCUAAGACAAUCUGAAAAUGACUGGGAAUGGUUGAAAAAAUUUUUUUAUGAUCAUGUUUUUCAAAAUCUAGGAGACAAAGAAAAACGCUUAUUCCCUAAAGCAAAUAGUAGAAAUGCUAUUCAACAAAAAAAUUUAAUUUCAAAAUUUUUGUAUCACUCAUUAGUACUUGCAAAUGAUAAACAACAUAGUACUCAGCAGCCACCAUUGCCUGUAGAGCAUCUUCAGCCAUCAUUACCAGAACCAUCACCAGAAGAGAAAUUGCCAGACCCACAUCAUAAUCAUAAUUUUUCAAGGAAUGUUGUAUGGACUUUUGAAAAUAUACAAAUGUUAAUAGGGACUGAUAUGCCAAUUUUUGGUGGCCAAACGCAUCCAUGUAUAAGUUUACGUUUACGUGAUGCUACAAAACCAAUAAGUGUUUUAACAGGUAUAGAUUACUGGUUGGAUAAUUUAAUGUGUAACGUACCAGAGGUAGUAAUGUGCUAUCAUUUAGAUGGUAUUGUACAAAAAUAUGAGUUGAUAAAAACUGAGGAUCUUCCUAAUUUAGAUGAUGCUAAGUUUAGUCCUAAAGUUAUAAGAGAUAUUGCUCAAAACAUUUUGAGUUUUCUUAAAACUAAUGCUACAAAAGCUGGACAUACAUAUUGGUUAUUCAAAGGUAAAAAUGACGACGUCGUUAAAUUGUACGAUUUAACAUCAUUAUGCAAUGACAUGUCAGAAGAUAAGAGCCAGAAUCCUUUUACAGUACCAGUUGCCAUGUUACUUUAUCGAGUUGCCAGGAACAUGAAGUAUUCAUCAGAUUACGCAAAAUAUCGCGGUAGUAUUUGCAUGCUACUGAAAAAUUGCAUCCAAUUGUUGCCUAAAGAAAAAUAUCCUCAAAUUGUGACUUCGGCUCACUUUAUGCUUGCUGACUUGUAUGUUCCUGCCGACACUGAUCCUGCAAAUCCAAAUCUAACCGAUUUGAAUGAUGACGACGAUGCGCAUAGCGAAUGCGGAAGUACAGUCGAGAGUGACAGAAGCGACGAGAAAUUCGAACAAGACAUGAAUGCGGCCAUAAAAUCUUUGACAUUGACAAAAAUAAGAGAACAUCACAUAAAAGAAGACUUUGAAGAGUUCAAGUUCAAACCUCCACCAAUUGGUGUAAAUAUUGAGGAGAGAUGUCAAAAUGCUUUGGAACAUGUUUGUUUUGGUAUUGCUUGUUUGAAGUACUUUCCAACUGAUUCAGAUGAUCAAAAAACUUCUUCAAAAGAUAAAGAUGGAGAGAAAAUGGAAAAAGAAAAAGUUCAUUAUGAGGAAGAAAGUAUAAAUAUGGCUAAACCUUUUCAAGCAAUUCCUAUGCCUUAUGCACCACUUUAUCCAACUACGUCAGCUGAUAAGGCAACAAAUGAGGCAACAAAGAUCAACUCAAGUAAUGAUAGUAGUCCUAGUCACAAAAAAAAGAACAAACAAAAGAAGAAAAAAUUAACGGAAAAGCUUCCUCAAAAAAGCAGUAACUUGCCGAGCAUUGAAGACACAAGUGCAAAGGCUUUAUUAUGCAAAGCUGAGUCGCAAACUUUACCAACGUGGCAAGCACCGAAGAAAGAUGACAACCGUAGCUGGAGUGCUCACCUCAAAACUUUGCUCUACGAGAAAGCUUCCCUGGUGUUUGCGGUACUUGCCGAGAAUGAAUACUCGAAUAAAACCUACGGUGCCACACUCAGAUAUAUCCUUGCAGUACUGCGUUGCCAAAAGAUACUCGAGAUCUUCUGUGGUGUCAGGAAUGAUAAGUUGAUUAGUUAUCUGCUGGGAAGAGCUGGUGAUUGCUGUUUUAUGGUUGUACAGGACUGGUCUAAUGUCGAGAAGCAUCGUAAUGAUUACGAAACGAGAAGUGUUACUGAGAAUUCAAUCACCGAUGUGAUUUUUGCUAUGAAAAAUUCAGAUAUGAAUAGCGUUGAGAUUCCACCAGAGCGAUUUGAAACACUGGAAGGAACUCUUGUAGCUUCGUACAAAUGCUAUGAAAAAGCUUUGAUGUUGGAACCUGUAGAGGCGGAUAGAAAUAAUCUCUUACGCCGGUUAGGAAAUAUACAUAACGAGUUGGGUGUUUUAUAUAUGAAUCAAGCCGGCUCGCGUUAUCAACAAGGCGAAACGAUAGACACCGACAUGAACAACACAGACAGAACAAUGCCACUCAUAUGUUCAAUUAUGCAUUUAGAAUCCGGAAUAAAGGCUUUUGAAGCGGUACGCGACGAAGCGAAUCUUGCGCUGCUGCAUUCUAACACUGGUCGGCUGAUGCGUCUUUGCGCUCACAUCAAUUCAAAGAAAUAUUCCCGUGAACGGCACUUUUACAACAAAGCAUUAGCAAGCUACCAAAAAGCCCUCCAAGUUCUCGGUACGAGGAAAACUAAUCCGGCUAUUUGGGAUAGCGUCACGUGGGAUUUGUCAACCACUUUAUUUACUAUGGCUACGCAGUUGCAGGAUUAUCCUAAGGCUGGUAAUAAAACUGAAGAUGAGUUAGAACGUGAGGUAGUGGAAAUCUUCCAGAAAGCUUUAAAAUAUUGUGACACGGAAACUUCAGGUCCACGACAACCUGUAUACCAAUUUCGCGCAGCGACAAUUCAGCAUCGACUAGCUUCACUGUAUCAUAAAGUCUAUAGAGAACUAGAUCACGAGAUAGACAGCGUUAAGCGUAAGAACAGUCUACAAUUAUCGAAACUUUAUUACGAGAAGGCGGCGAAACUGCUUUGCACUCUUGAACAGACCACGGAAUUCCUUACUGUGCAGAUGGAGCGAGUGGCUCUUGCUGAAUUCCAAGCUCAAACUACGAAUGCGUUUAACCAGAAACUUAAAUCUUACCAAAACUGCAUUGAGUUGAUUUUGCAAAGUAGACCUAUCAUUGAACUAAUUGUCGACCGAAAUAAGGCUUCCCAUAAUAAGAAGCAUGAAAAACCGUUGGAUAAGACUACGGAUAAGGAAAAGAAUAAUGAUAAUAAUAUUAAAGAACAUAAUUCAGAGGAAAAUAAAGAAAUAGAAGAUGAAGAAAAUCUCGUAAUAUUGCUUGAGCAACGUCUGCAGUUUAUUCUCAAAUCUUUAACGAAACUUUGUAUAAGCAAAAAUUCUAGCAAUCAAAAGAAAGAAAAUGAAAAUUUAGCUGCUUUGUAUAAAAAAUGCUAUAGUUUGACACUAAGGGCGGAAACUUUAUCAGGAGUUAAUUUAAUCAAACAUAUUGCCAAUGUUUUAAAAAAAAUAGAACAGGUUUUGGAUCAAUCAAAAGAAUCUUAGUUAAUGACACAAAUAAAAGAGUUUAUAUUAUUUUUUAUGCUGAUGAUCAAUAGUGAUUUGUUACACUGUAAAAAUAAUAAUAUACUCUGUAAAUAGUAAGGAUGAUACUUUU